UGUCCAUAAUCUGACAAGGUUUUAGGUUAGCCACAAGAAAUUUGUCAUGAAAAUUAGGGACAGAUACAGGGAAGAUGGAAAUUCAAGUGAUAUGAAUACUUUCAGCAUUACAGACAAGAUUGGGUUUGCCUCAGCUGCUACCACAACCUUUCAGAUAAGUGAGCCUCGAAGGCAAAGCAAGCCAUCCACAUGCUGUGCUUGGGCAGCCCUCGGUGUCUACCUGCUGCUGCUGACGGUCGGCCAGGGGCUGCUGGCAUACAAAGUGUUUAAGAUGCAGAGAGAGAUAUUGAAAUUUCAAGAACAAAAUACCUCCUAUACAGAAGAGAUUCUGGAAAGCUCCUUUGCCAACAAACUGCUUUUGGAGAGAGACUUUACAGAGAAGCACAUGGGACGUGAAGAAAACUGGAGGAGAAGCUUAGAAGAGGAAAUCACCAUAAUCAAAAGCAGCAAUGCAAACCUGAUGAUGAUGAUGAACAACAUCACCGUGGUUGCGGGGCCUCCUGGACGCAAAGGAGAUCCUGGUCCACCAGGGCUACGGGGACCACCAGGGACAAAGGGAGACCAAGGAAUCCAAGGCUUACAAGGACUGCAGGGGAGCAAAGGAGAUCCUGGUCCUGCUGGCCCAAUUGGUGAACCAGGAGUGAGAGGAGAAAAAGGAGAGAUGGGGCUUGCAGGUCUCCAAGGACAGAAAGGUGAAAUGGGCAAGAAGGGAGACCUUGGGCCCCGUGGACCCAUGGGUCCUCAGGGACAGCAGGGAGUCCCAGGACUGCCGGGUUUCAAUGGUAGCACAGGGGAGCCUGGACGUCCUGGGCAGAAAGGAGAGGCAGGCAUAACUGGACAACGUGGACCUGUGGGAACUCCUGGCCUCGACGGUAGACCUGGUCAGAAAGGGGAGAAGGGGGACCACGGGCCCAGUGGUAAUCCAGGAAUACCAGGCAUUGCAGGACUCAGAGGUGAAAAGGGAGACAGAGGAGUAACAGGUUUUCCAGGGCAAAAGGGAACAAAGGGAGACCAGGGCCCACCAGGCAGCCCAGGCCUAACUGGUGAAAAAGGAAGCAAGGGUGAUAAUGGCAGUCAGGGUCCAAAAGGACAACCAGGAUUAAAAGGAGCCAAGGGAGACCGUGGACUCUUUGGUUCCCCAGGAGCGAAAGGGAGCAAAGGUGAAAAGGGAGAAGGCAACUUCAAUCAUUUCAUACGAAUCGCGGAAGGGGGCAGAAGGGGCCGCGUGGAAGUCUUUCACCAAGGGUCCUGGGGAACAAUAUGUGACGAUGGCUGGAGCACCCAAGAUGCCGCUGUGGUCUGCCGAAUGCUGGGAUACAAUCGUGCGGUCUCUGCCUUCACAGCCACAGCAGGCACUGGACAAAUUUGGCUUGAUGACGUGAAUUGCAGAGGGAAUGAACUUUCAAUUUUCGACUGCCCAAAGCCCGACUGGGGUGUGAACAACUGCUCCCACAACGAGGACGCUGGGGUGGAGUGCAUUUGAUGGGACACAGAGGCUGCCCUGGGAGCUGCUGCCCACCUCUGCUCUCUGUAAGCCUCUUCUUCAUAACACAAACCCAAUUUUGUCAGGCUGUGCUUAUAGUUUCUUUACCAGGUCAUAAAAAUAUUGACAGAGAAAGUUGAAGUUUCCAUAAAUCGGUAACGGCUGCAAGACCCACAGGUAACCUGAAACAUCCCAGCUGUCACAAAGCAAUCGGAGCUCAGGCACGUGAGCCACUCAGCCAGCCAGCACGUCAGCUUUUCCAGUUACCUGACAUCAGCUCAUCUGCAGUAGCUCACACGGGUGUGACCUCUAAGUCCACAGAGGAGGAGAGAUAGUCCACUUCAGCUUAGCGCAAUAAGAGAGAACAGGAUCAGCGUGCAGAAAUGGGCAGUUACUGCAGCUGAGCUGGCUAGUCCAUCUUCAUCACAGUACAGUUGUGAAUCUGAGCCCAAAACCCCCAGUCAAGUGCAUAUACACAAGACAGCAGAUGCUCAGAAAUCAUCGGAUGAUCUCUCUGGCAUGCAAAUAUAAAUGUUCUCCAGAAAUGGUGCUGAUCACAGGUUAAAGUGCAAAAAUAAGUGCCUG